CAGCGAUGCAUAGCGGGAUAUGCCUCUGCGUGCUCCUCGCUGUGCUCUCAGCCGGCUCUUUGGGCCAGCAGACGGUGGGCUCACACGAUGGGAACCCGCCGGCUGCCGAGCUUGAGAAGAGCUUGACAGAACAUCACCGGCACCUCCGCUCCCCUUCCUCUGCCGGACCCCUGAAAUCCACGCCGCGGCUGGAGGGAAGCGUCGACCAGCGAGCUCACCUUGGUGCUUUGUUGGCCAAGUACCUCCAGCAAGCCCGAAAAGGUCCCACUGGAAGGCUCUCAGUUAUGGGCAACAGGGUACAGAGCUUUGACCCCACACACAGGAUAAAUGACAGAGACUACAUGGGCUGGAUGGAUUUUGGACGCCGCAGUGCUGAAGAAUAUGAAUACUCUUCCUAAAGAAUGGCAAGCUAUAGCAACAGGAAAAAAAAUUAAAAAAAAUCACACUCCCAUGUCUGGACAGAAAGAGAAAAAUUAAUCUGUCGUCCUUUUCCAAUCAGUGUUUUAAAAUAUAUCAUGUAUUUGAUGUAAAUUUAUCUGUAAGACUAUACAAUGCAAUAUAUACAUACAUAGAAUUUUCCAGGAUAUGUUUUUCUUUCUUUUGUGGUUUCUCAUACAUUGAUAUUAUAUUAAAAUGAUUUCACUUACCCCUUCUUGUCCUG